GCUGGAAUACCCAUCUGCAGCUCUAACGAUCCACAAGUACAUAACGACAGUGCAUCACCUCCACCCUUAUACGUCUCACGAUAACGAGGUCCAGUGGCCCUGGCACCCUCAUAUCAUUGUUCAGUGUGCUUGCAACCCAAGUGUCUCGACCAUGUGCCAAUAACUCUUUGCGGAAGCCUUGCGGGUCUUCUUUCCAAUCAAGAUGAACAAGAAUGAGAGGCCCCAGAAGAACAUUCCGAUGAAGCCCACGGCGAUAUACGUGUUUUGGACGCCAGAAGUUUGAAUCCAAGGUGUCACGGCAUACCCGAACCCGAAGCCCAUUGUGUUUCGAAUGCAGAUCAUGGUGACCAGGCCAUCACCAGAAACCUCUCGGUAUGAGUCGAUGAUGUAGUUGAUCGCAAUGGCACUUCCGAUGGGAAACGUGCCGACCACAAAGGCAAGGCCGAAAGCAAUACCAACCCAAUGCACGUGGUGCUUCGCUCCCACACCGAUCAAGAUACAGCCGAGAGGGUGAAGGAUCAAAGGCACCACGGCCAUCCACAGUCUGUACUCGGGCUCGAAAAUGCCACCUUUGCGUCGAGACAUCCACACGGCAAAUCUGUCGGCGCAUACGCCCGCGAAAAUGCACCCAAUUGUACAACCGAUGAACUGGGCCGAUGAAUGUCAGCAUAUUAUGUAGUCGGAAAGAAGACACCAGUCAGAUCAACUUACCGGAGCAAUAAACAUGACGCCUAUCAUCUCAGUCGAAAAGUUGUAAGGGGGUCCAGCGAGUAUCAAGGCCGCCGUGGCGUUGACAACGUUGAACCACGACAGGACCGAGCCGACCAAUAUUCCAGCAAACACGACGACAGGAAAUCGAAGGAGAGAAAUCGGAAACCACAUUGAUCUCCAGUAGUGGUUGGGCUGUCCAGGUCGACGAGCACCCCAGAACUUCAGCUUCUGAAUAAAGCUUUUCUUAUGACUUGUGUCGAGCCCUGCCUGGGUGAGUGACUGUGAAGUGGUCGCAGUCUUCUCGUCUUUGGUGGCAGGAUUUCCCGUGGAGCUCUCAUCCGAAGAACCACUCUCCUCUUCUGCAUCCAGAGCUUCUUCCUGGACUGGAGGGCGAUAGUACAUUGUCUCUUCCAAGAAGAAGAACAUGACCAGCAUACAGCCACCGGCAAUGAUUGAAGCAAUGAACUGGAUCCAUUUCCAACCUAGAUUCUCGGCGACGAAUCCUGCAGGCACCUUUCAUGAUAAAGUCAGCACAUUUGGAACGCGGUGAUCUGUGAACUCUUUAUACUCACCGCUCCAAGAAAUGGGAUCCCAAAGAGAAUCCAGCAGUACAUGCCGAUCCAAAAGCCUCGAUCGUGUGCAAAAAAGACGUCGGAAAUGCAGACCUCGAUCAAGGUUUCAAUGGGCCCAUAGAAGAAACCGAUCAAAAUUCGAUUCGCGUACCACUCGCCACUCGUUUUGACAUACGAAGUCCAGACUGAAAUGGCGAUCAUGGCCAGUCCGCCGAUGAGGAAUGCCGGUCGGCGCCCAAAGGUCAAACCAAAGGGUUGCCACAGGAGCCAAGUACUCCAACCGAAGAAGAGGUAUUGAACACUCACACCCUGAUUGAGAGUCGAAAGGGGAAUACCAGUCUCUGCUUCAAUAUCCAGUAGUGCAGCCGAGAGCAGAGUUGUCAAAACAUCGGCAGAGAAGACGGCCAGCAAAAGGACAACGGCGGACAAUUGCUUGCGCCUUUUCGACCAAUUGAGAGGAUCAUCGUAGUCGUUGGUGGGCUGAGGCAAGAGAACGAUAUCCUUUUCACCCGCUUCGUUAUGCUUGACAUGGAGAGUGCCAGCUAAGUCGACCUAUUUCAAGCGCAAGGUUGGUGUUAGAAUAUGGAUACGACACUAAAAUUCCAAGGCCUGUUCACAAGACGGACCCCAUUUGCAAGAGCGACUCACCAGGUGUACCGUUCCAGGUGUCACCUCGGUAUGCAGAGCGUGAUGAGUCGGUGCCAUUGUGAAGAUUGAGAAAGUAGCUGCUGCUGUACGUGAUGACGAUCCAAUGUUGCUGUCACAGAUGCCGUCCGAGGAACUGAGGAGUAAUAUAUAACUGCCACGUCGACUAUCUCAGCUUGAUGCAGAUUGAUUCCGAGUACUUUGCCAGUCGAAGGGAUUGAGCCUCCUUCACUCAGUCUUGCCAAGAAGGCCAGUCUUCUAUCUGGCAAACAGGGAAAGCCACCGAGAGACUCCAGGGGGGGCGUGAUAACCUCCCCAGCGCCCCGGUUUGAAGAUGACAGUAAGCCGUUCAGACGCAUUCCGAAGUCAUCAAACCAUUGCCGAUCUUGUCUAGCCUGCUCCACCAAAAGGGGGUCUAUCGAAGCACCGACACGCAAGGCUGGACUCGUAAAGCGCCUAUCAAACUUUCGUGACGAGUACGGGUCUUAUCAAGCCGCUGCCAAUCAUGAGUGGCAGAACGGACGGACUGUAUCGAUCUCCAUGUCUCUCUUUAUCUUAGCAGCUCCUCUAUCUUUCCGACCCCAGUGUCCCGAUAUGGGAUACGAGAAUGAACAGCUCUCAAUUGCGAAGAUUGUGAAAUGGAGUAUUUUCGCGAUCGAAACUCCUGACAACCUAUAAGAUGGGGAGGUCAGUGUAUGUGGCAAACAUGUCGUAGGACGGUGGGAAACAAUUGCAGUCUUUCCUAUCGCACUUUGUUCAAAAAAUCUCACGAUGGCGACCGUGUACGUAAAUGGAAAUGUGUAUACCGUCGAUGGUAGCAUUCCUACAGCUGAGGCCUUUGUUGUCAAAGAAGAUGGCAAGUUUGGUACCGUGGGCUCGACGGCCGACUUGACCAAAUAUGCAAAGGAUACGGGGGCAUCCAUAGUCGAUCUCAAAGGCCAGUUCGUGAUGCCGGGCAUGCACGAUGCCCACAUCCAUAUCCUCGCAGCAGCAGAAAAACAUUUGUUCAACGCCAAACUCGGCCUAAGUGCCGGGCCUGAAGAGAUUGUCAAAAAGCUGAAGGACUACAAGUCGUCAUGUCAACAUCUCGAAGCCGUCGGGAAUUGGCUCAUUGGCAACUUCUAUCACUUUGCCAAUUUCAAAGACAAGAAGCCCGACCGGCAAUUCCUUGACGACGCGUUUGGCGAUCAGCCUGUCGUCAUUCGAGAGUACACGACGCACGACAUCUUUGCGAAUACAGCAGCACUCAAGGCAGCAGGGUACGAGGACAACCCAGAGGACCCUUGGGAUGGCUGGUACGUGAGGCGGGAGGACGGUACUAUCACGGGAGAGCUGGUUGAGGGCGCGGCCAAACGACUCUUCGCGGCCAUUCCCAAGGGUUCUCCAGAGAUGCACCUCGAGGCGAUGGAAUAUGGCGUCAAAAUGCUGAACCGCUUUGGCUUCACGGCGGCGCAAGAAGCAUCAGCCAACGCCAUCUACCUCGAGGCAGCCAAGAAGCUUGACGAGAUUGGCAAGAUGACCAUCAACCUCGACGCCCACGUGGUAUACUGGGGCGCUGCCUUCAGUCAGGAGCUCCCCUCAACCCUGAUCAACAGCAUCAAUGCGGCAUACAAGUACCAGACGAAACAUUUCAAUCCCAACUUUGUCAAGUUCUGGCUCGACGGUGUCCCUUGGGCACCGCACUUCACGCAAUGCCCACUCGCCGACGAUGGUAAGCCGGACUACAAGAAGAUCCUUGUGCCACCCAAGAUCUUUGAGGAAGCCAUUGAACGCUUUGAUAAGGAAGGUCGUACCUGCAAAGUUCACGUCUGCGGGCAGGGAUCCGCUCGCUACGCGCUCGACACUUUUGAAGAGUUGCGUAGGCGACGACCUAACGGACCACGCCACGAGCUUGCACACAACAUGGACGUCCAUCCAGAUGACUUCGACCGGUACAAGAAACUCACCAUAACGGCCGAAAUGUCUCCAGCAAUUUGGCAUGAGCCCGAGAUGCAACCCGAACAAAAUCCAUGGUCCGUGUACCCGUUCGUUGGGUUGCGCAAGGCUGACGCGCUUCUCACCAUCGGGAGUGACUGGGUUUUCGCCCCUGAGACACCCAACAUCUUCCCUGGUCUACAAGCUCUUCAAGAGAACCGUCCGGGUUGGGAGCUCGAGCGGGAUGACCUCUUGCGCAUCAUCACUAUCGACGGCGCCAAAGCUGUCGGGAGAGACGUGGUUGAGGGGUCUAUCACCCCAGGCAAAAUGGCCAAUUUCAUCAUUCUCGACAGGGACUUGAGCACUGCAAAGGAGAUUGGCACCACCAUCGUACUGAAGACCUUCUUCGAGGGUACCGAAGUGUAUGAUUAUGAGAGUGAUGCUCUCAAGCACUUCCAAGGCCGGCCAGGUUAG